AUGUCUGUUGAGAAUUGCUUAGUGAAGGCAAUUUAUUCAUUCAAGGUCACUCAGAAGGAAGAAGGCGGCUGGUGGGAGGGAACUUUAGGUGAAACAACAGGAUGGUUCCCUAGUAACUAUGUUACUGAAUAUAAAGACACUUCUGGCUCACUUACCACAUCACCUAUAAGGGCUGCUUCAGAAAUACAAGCUUUUAGAAAUGUAGUUCUAAAAGACAUAAUUGAUUCAGAAAAGGCCCAUGUAGCAGAAAUGCAAGGACUUGUCAGCAAUUUCUUGCAGCCGUUGGAAAAGAGUGAUAUAUUGGUUAAAGAUGAAUUUAAGCAGCUGACUGGGAAUAUUAAUGAGGUGCUGCAAGUACAUGAGCAGUUCCUCUCUCUUUUAGAGGAAUGUGCAAUGAAGACAGGGCCAGAUCAAAGGGUGGGAGGAUUGUUCUUACAGUGGGCGCCAAAGAUCAAGACAGUACAUCUGACAUACUGUGGUGGACACCCCAAAGCAGUCUGCAUUCUUGAUAAAUACAAAGAAGAACUGAACACCUGGAUGGAAAAUGCUGGAGCGGUGUGUCCAGGGGUUCUUGUUCUUACUGCUGGUUUAUCAAAACCAUUCCGACGCCUCGGCAAAUACCCUGCCAUGUUGCAAGAACUUGCUCGCCAUGUCCAUGAAGCUCAUCCAGAUAGGGGUGACACUCAUAGAGCAUCGGUUGUUUACAAGGAUAUUGUUAGUGCCUGUGCAGCUUUGAGGCGUCAGAAAGAGUUGGAACUUCAAGUAGUAACGGGUGAAGUCCGUGGCUGGCCUGGUGGCGAGCUCACGUCACUCGGCGAUGUUUUACACAUGGGUAGUGUUGCAGUUGGACCGUCACAUCAGGAUAGAUAUCUUGUACUCUUUCCUUCCGCUUUGCUAUUACUAUCUGUUAGUAAGCGCGUAUCUGCGUUUGUUUAUGAGGGAUGUCUUCCAUUAACUGGUAUAAAUGUAUGCAAGCUAGAGGAUACAGAUACAAGGAAAAAUGCAUUUGAAAUAAGUGGUCCAAUGAUAGAUACUAUUGUCGCUGUUUGCCAAACCAGAGCUGAAGCUGAUAAUUGGGUCAGCUUGCUCCAGAAGCACUCGAACAAUAGUAGCCCUUCACAUGAGCCCUCCCAGCCGCAAUCACUACCUCAUUUGACCCGAUCUCCUUCUGAAGGGGCUCUCUCUAGCAUCAACUCUAGUAGACGCAGUUUAUAUCACGUGACCUUGCCACCGUCGCACUAUCCGUCCGCAUCCCCAUAUUAUUCAUUAACAAAAUAUUUUGCGAGGUUGGUCAAAAAAAAGGUCAUCACUAGGCAAAUGUUGCGUAAACUUCUACACGAAAAGCCUUGGGCUAAAGCGUUCGAACUCACCGGCCUGCCAGUGAUGAGGCGGCAUAAAAAUCACAUUAAGCUCAAAAUAGAUAAUGAUGGAACUAUCGCUGAAACUGAUUAUUCUGAUAGCGAUAGGAAUUCUGACGACAGUGAUAGGGAAGUGGAAACAACUGAAAGUUGUUCUACUUCCAGCUGCACUAACUCAGCAUCAGCUAGCACGAAUAAUUCAUCUAAAAUGAUGAGACAAGAUGCAGUCGAAAGUAUCGGCCCUAGAACAAUUUCUUCUUCCUGUAGCAGUUGGAGUAGCAAUUUUGGUUAUGUCAGAUACUUUGAUACGUCAACAGACAUGAUGCUCGAUGCACCAAACCCAAAAGGUGACUGCACGAAAAAUAUAUUUGCCUCUGUACCUAACAAAGCAGAUGCCAGUGUAAAUGAAUAUAAUUUACAAAAAUCUUCGAAAUCCAAUAAUUUGAAUGUUUGCAUCCCUUAUCAACAUUCCGGUAGCGCAGAAAAUUCUAGUUUAGAAAUAAAAAAUUAUAUGGCUUGUGAAGAUUUAGUGAAUAUGGACCAGGAUAUGCAAAUAAGUAAUUUUGGCGAUGAUACAGACUACGUGCCUACGAGGCGAAGUUUCCCUAACUAUAGCGUCAGAAACGAUAUCCCAAAACUAUGGAAGUCCACCGAAGAAAGAUAUACAAGAGAAGACGAAAUGAAUAACAAUCUUAUAAUAUCCGAUUUACUACAAGUUCUCGAUCCUCCAUCACCUAAAAAUUCACAAGAUUGUCCUCUGGAAUCACUUAUACUAGAUCCACCUCCGAUGUUUCGUAACGAAAAUGAGGACCUUAAAAUUCUAAAUGUCAAUCUAAACGCCAACGUUCCUUUUCGAAAGCAUUCACUCAACUCAGACAAAAGAAUUAGACGUUCAGCGUCAAGGUCGAUGGUGGAGACGGAUAAGAAGAAUAAUAAUGGACAUUUGGAGAGAAUGAGUUCACAGUCUGAAACGUCUAAAGUAAGACGAAAAUGUGAAUGCUGCAAUCGUUCUUUAUGCCCAAGUCCCAGAUCUUCAGACUCUGGGGUCGCUGGUAGCUGCAAUUUAGCAUCACCUGAUUUAAACAUGCACGGCAAUGAUUCGGAUAGUCACGAGAAAACGUCAAAUGACAUGAAAGAUUCUCUGAACAAUCUAUCCGAUAGUAACUUCAAUAAUAGAAAGUCAACUUUAUCUGAAAUCGAAGCGGCGACCUUUGAAGAUCAAUGUAGAUGUACGUCUCCUUUUGGGUCAACAGCUAGAACCUCGUGCGUGACAAGUGUAACCUCCGAAAUGAGUUUAGACGUGAAAGAUUUAUCUAAAACAAACGUAACUCCUACAUUCGCCGCCCAUCCACCAGUGCCCUCUCCCGAAAUCAAACGAACAUCGAUCAGAAGAAACAUCGAGCUAUACGUGCCCGAAAUUAAAAUUAAGCCAGCGGUUCCUCCGCGUAUUUAUAGGAAGCCAAGCACCCAUUUGGAAAUACCAAAAAAUGUGCGACAUCACAUGCCAUGUCAAUGGAGCACAUUGAAUAUUACUGAACGAACAAAACCGAGUUUGCAUUAUCACAUGCGAAUAUACCGCGAGAAACCGGAAGAUAAUAUGCACAGACUAUCAAGAAAAGAUAUGACAAGAAAUUGCGAUGUUUUCAAUAAGGAACACAAACGGAAGGAUGAAAAGACUUCAACAUCCCAAAAGACACGGUCACGUAGUGAGGAUCUGGCCAAACUGCAGAACGGGUUAACGGAAGCUCAGACCGGUUUCGUGGUCUAUCGUUCCGAUCUGUACGCCCACUGGUGGAUGAAAGCCAAAUUACCGAUAACCGUGGUCACCGACUCAGGCAAGGAUAAUUUUUUUAUGGCCUUGAGCGACAGCAAUAACGAAUUGUCCUCUGGUCUCACUAGUCACAAGAGAUCCCAUUCAUUCAACAAUCAUCAAAGCUUCACACAGCAUACGCAGCAAACACAAAAGAAUAAGUCAAAAAAUCAAUCGGCGCGUUGGCUCCUAAACUCCUGUGACUCACUCGAUCAAUCGCCAGCUAAAUCAAAAAUACCUAUAGGAAAGAAAUUCCCGUCCGUAGAUUUCACCGACGCAGCAGAUAUAAGCUACAUUAAUAAAGGGUGGAGUAUAACAUGUCUUCGUCCGGCGCCGCCACUACGUCCGCAGUCAUUCACUGUGGGUUCAGAUGAGAACAUCGGCCCCACACAUCCAUACGCGCCUCACCAGAGGAAAUCAAACUCCUACGAGGAAGACGCCCUCAUACUGAAGGUGAUAGAGGCUUAUUGCACUUCCGCCCGGUGUCGCAAUGCUGUUAGUUCGGUGGACUACGGCCAUUAUAAUUUCGGUAAAGUACAAUAUCAUGCACCCGCUACUAACAUGCCUCUUACGCACACCAAACUGUCAGUGACGUCAGACAGGAGUACCAAAGUGAAGCGGAACAAGAGCUCGGCGGACGCUUACAUGUACCGGACACCGGAUAGGAGAUUAGUGACGGAUAGGAAGUACAAUCUGAAUAGAUCCAAUCCGAAUCUAUGGGAUUGCGCUGAACGGAGGCGGACUAAUCUGAUUGGUGGGAACGAACGGAGGAGCGGCUCGCAGCCGAGUCUUGUGCCUCUUCGGGCUACAACUUCCCCCCAUCCAAUACAACCGUCACAGCCGCCACGCUCAGCUCGUUCGUCUACAUGGUGCUGUGGGACAUUCGUCAAGCAGCUAACUAAAUCCCACCACUUCGACUGA